AUGCGUGCAUACGCUGACAGAACGUCGGAGUCUGGCUUUUGGUUGGAUUGGCUAGAUGCUGCUCUCUUUGCAUCCAACAAUGAGAAGACAUUGGCGUUUGUCAGCCACUGCAGAGCCAAUGAUGCUCCUUUGGAAAUUCAGCAUGCUAGUCAUUUUCUGAAGGAGAUUCCUGGUUUAUCUGAUGAUGAGGCAGACCACACAGUGCACCGAAACAUGGACACCUGGUUGCUUCUUUCGUGCAAUGUUUCAUUUGACAGAAAAUUAGCUGCCAACCACUGGAUUCCGUGUGUGUUCAAAGAAGUAAUGGCAGAGAAGACCUACAGUGAAUUGGUAGACCAGCAGAUCGCGAAGUUGAAAGUUCUCAUAGCUACUAGGCAAAGCGAUCUUUUAGAUGUCGAGCUUGAAGAGGAUGAGGAAGUAGCAGCUCACAUCAGUGCAAGCCUCAAUGAGGAGAUUUGCAUGCACACCAUGUGCAUUGAGAUGAUCGAGGAACUAGAUACCAUCUUGCAAGUGGCUCCAAUUUUUGUGCCAGCAGACGGCGAUUGCAUGGCUUGGUCACUCAGAUGCCUGUUUGCGGGAGCAUACCUCAAUCAGAACUACAAGAGCAAGGCUUCUGCAAAAUCUGUGCUCUAUGUCAGGAACAUCAUUUACCAGAUGUGGCAUGAGAAGGCUGAUGAUGAAUUCUGGCAACAGGUCUUUGCCUUUUGUUAUCAAGAUCAUAUGCUGGAGCAGGAGCCUGAACCUUGUGAGCAGGAGCCCGAGGUCAACAAGAAGGUCAAACGUGCUGCGCGUGCAUCUCGUGCAGCUCCAAUUCCUAUUGCAGCUCGUGAGCCAGCGGAUCCAACAUUGAAAGCCCCGACAAGUGUGCAUGAAAGAUUCAUGGAUCCUCCUGUUCCAGAUGUCGAAGAGAUGGUUUCAGCCUCUUUGCUGAAUGGUCACAAGCCCAAGAUGGUGUCCAUGGAUGAAGUAGGUGAUGAGGAAGAGGAUGAUCCUCGCAAGCGCAAAAUGAGACGGCACACACGUUUGCUGAAGAAGAAACCAAUGGACAUUCAGAAGCUGAAACAGCAACAGCUUAUCAAGUUCUUGGCUUCCAAACACUUGACCAAUGGAGACUUUAUGCGCCUUCACAAACGAUCAGCCAUCUUUAGAAAAGCAGGGGCUUGUCCUGAAGGCAACUUUCAGCACUUUCGUGCACAUCUGCUGGCUGGCACGCUGCCAGGUUGUGAAACUUGCCAAGGCUGGAUGACAGAGAACGAUGUCACCCUUGAGAAGAUCCAGGAAAUGCUUCGAGAGGUAGAGGCAGGAGCACCACUUGCAAUUCAGGACCAACCAGAACAGCAGGAGGCCUCUGAGAAGCAUAGCAGCUGCAAGCCUAGAGAAUCGAGAGCAGACAUCCGCAAAGCGUGCCUGGAGUACCUCGAGAAAGUGCCGCACAUUGAGGUGGUGGAUGGUCAUGUCUUGAGGUAUCGCUGUACAAUUUGCUGCAACAAAAAGUGUCCAGAGGGCAAGAUCAACAAGUUAGGUGAGAAACCCACCUUGAAUACUGUGGAGACGUUUGUUCAGGACCACCUCAAGUCACAGACUCAUGUGAAAGCUUUGGCGAUGCUGGCAUCUGUUGCUCCUCCUGUGGAGCAAGCUGAACAACAUGAGGACUGUGAGGGCGAGCCUUGUGAGGGCUACUGGGUGUCCAAUGACCAGUCAACAGGAACCUUGCACUUCUACAAUGAAGAGUUUCUUGUGUGGAUGGCGCACACCAAACUUGAUACAAAGGCUAGCCACACCUACCACCAAAAUCACACUGAUGGGACAUGGCGUGUCCAGCACAAGUCUUGCACUGGAUUUCGCCCAAGAGGUGUCUUGUGCUGCAACUUGUGUGAAAAGCUUGGGGAGCCGAAGAAUGUCCAGAGGCUGGUGGUGUCUUUCACUCGGAACUUCACAGCAGCACACCUGCUCUGCAGAAAGCUUUACAGCACGCCAGAGGAUGUCAACGCCUGGAUCAAGGAGAUUGAUCGCUCAGCAUUUGGAAGGUUCAACUGCAAGAUUUGGGAUGGACUUCAAAAGCUAACCCUGAUCCAGCUGCAAGCAUUCGUUGCCGCGAGCUACCAGACCUUUCCAGAGCAUUUGAUGACGAACACCCUCAGGUACUUCAAGAGCACAGUGGUGGAUCCAUGCUUGCGGGUCAACGUGAGCAAGAUUGAUGCGAGUCUGGCUCCUGUAGUAGCGCAGUUUGUCUCAGCGUUGGCCAACCGACGGCUCAAUGAGUUGGACGAACUCAAUGUGCGCAUGGCCGAUGCAUGUGUGAGGGGACAGCUCGAUGCGAGUCCCUUCCUUCAGGGAAUACUUUUGCAGAUGAUGCGCAAACUAGACAAAGACCGCCGAGGAGUAUCGAUGGUCGGGAGGCCAAUGGGAAGCACUGCGCUGGAGCACCAGCUCAUGAGCGAUGCUGCCUUUGAAUUUGCCCUUGCGGGCAAAAACAGGGAGCUUGCGAUGAAGCUGGGGCAAUCAUUGCGGCCCAAAAGUUUGUGCACAGAUGAACUUCCCCGUCACUCAUUGCCGAACCCCACGUUGUCUCUGGCUGACAAUCGCUCGGAGAUCUUGCGGGAAAACCUGCAGACAAUCAACAGAUUGUUUUCUCUUGCUGCAGGCCAGCAAGAGAGGCGACUGAUCCUUGCAAUCGACCACACGUACUUGACAAGGCAUGUUGCCCAGGCAAAGGUAGGAGGGGUAGCUGGCUUGGUUGGCCCAGCAUGGUCUCCUUGUGGUGGAGAAGAUGAUGGUUCUCUACCUUUCGCCCAGAUGACGCGAGAGGCAGCUAGGACAGCCGCUGCGCCUCUCAUGCUCGAGUGCCUCUGUUGGAACCCCGCCGAGUCCUCCAAGAACAGAGUCUUCAGCAUGUGCUCUCAGCCAAUGGCUUUGAAGGCAAUUGUGAAAGCAAAAGGUGGUCACCCAGUGAACCCGCGCAACGCGGGAAAGUGGGUGAUGUUGAACGUGGUUGGCAAGGUGAUGGAGAAAGCAGCAUGGAUUGUGAGGUAUAUCACAUUCGAUGCCCAUUGCUCUCAUGCAUGGUUCCGUGAAGCUUUUUUCGGGAACCUGGAAACUGUCAAACAGACUGAUUUGGACCAAGUGCCGUUCUUCCGGAAUCUGAAGCAUCGACCACUACCUAAGCACGCCUUGCCAUUCUUCCCCUUGCAGCUCUGCGAAUACGAUGGGCUGCCAGUGGCAGCAAUACCAGGAGUUUGUCACGCAAUGAAGAACUGCGCUGGGCAGCUGAUCUCGCCUCUGAGGACGAUCACAUUCGGUCGUUUCUCCGCCGAUUCAUCGGCGGCUCGAAGGAUGUGCAUGCCACCUUCUGCAUUUGUGCGCGAUGACCGGCAGUCAGAUCACCUGGUGGCCCUGAUGUUUAACCCAUACUUUCUGAUCACCGACCCUGACACUAGUUCUGUGCAUUAUAUCAAUGGAUUUUAA